CACAAAUUAGUAAAAGUCUUCUAGGCAAAUUGUUCAAAAACUAAAACCGAAAUAUGUCAGGUAUAAGCUAUUCACAUGAUGUUGAUUUAGAACUCCACAAUCAAAACCCUAAUUCUACGAAUUCGCAAGAAGUAGAAGAGCUUCCACCUUUUCCCCAAACUUUCCCCUCUCCCAUUUUUUAUGAAAACCAACUAUUUUUCGAUACCAUGGCAGCUGAGUAUACUCAACGAACAAAUUUGGAGCCGAUCUGGAACGAGCCUUUGCCUAGAGUUAACAUGAAUACAGCACAUUGGAUUUCUACAAACAGUUCUACUGGAGGGAUUCAUCUUCACUCAGAGCCUAGUGACCAUUCUUCGAAAAUGAAGAAAAGUACUACUUCCAGCAAAGGCUCAACGGCAAGGAAAAGUGGGAAGAAAGAUAGGCACAGCAAGAUUAACACUGCACAAGGUGUUAGAGACAGGAGAAUGAGAUUAUCCCUACAGAUUGCUCGCCAGUUCUUCGAUCUUCAAGAUGCACUGGGCUUCGAUAAAGCUAGCAAAACUAUAGAUUGGCUUUUUUCCGCGUCCAAGAAAGCCAUCAAACAGCUUGAUUGUAGCUCUAGCCUCGUUUCAGAAAUGAACAAUAACAAUACCUAUCAAAAAUCAGAACAGAAAAGGAAGGUCGACGUAGCAACGUCUGAAGGUGAGGAUAUUAUUGGCCUAAAAACAGCUGAGAAACCGGUUGCAAGUGGAAAUACUAAAAGCACUGCCAAGGAACUGAGAAACAAGGCAAGAGAAAGAGCAAGGGAGAGGACAAGGGAAAAAUUGAUGAUCAGAAGCCUUGAAAAAUCAAAUUCUAACAUCUGCGGCGAAUCUUACAACUUGGCUCAAUUAGGGCCUGCUGAAUACCCUAAUUUCACAGGUCAAGAAUUGAUGAGCAAUCCCAGGAGUCAAGACACUACAUGGACUUCUCAGUCAUCACUUCAUAGUCAAUUGGCAAACAUGGCCCUUUUGGGCGCUACUGCUAGUUCAUCUGGAUCAGUAUCUUCAUCCAUGUUCAAUUACGAUGAGAAAAAAGAUUUAUUCACUGGUACUGGAUUAGAUUCCAUUAGCAACAACCUCUGUUAUACUGGAAACUGGGACUUCUCUUCUGAAUAUUUAAACCCUAACUCGAUUAGCUUCCAAGAGAACCGCGGCUACCAUUUCCAGUAUUAUUCUGAUCAAAAUCAAGCUGAGUAGUCAGUACUCUGCUGCAAGUAUCAGCUAGAUCGUCGAAUAUUAGAAAGGUUAGUUCUUCAGAUCUCUUAACAUAAAUCAAGUCUAGUUUACAUCUUAUUGUAAAGAAAUAAAUUAUGCAUUUUCGUUUGUCUGUGUAUAUAAUGUUCAUAAUAGGGGAUUCGGUGGUUUGUGGUUGCUCAGUUUAAUUUCUUCAA